GUUACACUUUUUUGCAGUCCUCUGCUUCUCUCGAACAGACUUCUAUUCUGGGGAACUACUACUGGCAACAAACUCUACAACUCUCGAACUUGAACUCGAACCUAUGCUUUUUUGGAACACUCUAGUCGACCUCGCAAUAUCUCAAGAAUAUGGCCGAGUGACAACCAACACUUCCGAGCCCACGCGCAGCAGCCGCGGGUCCCGAAGUGGAACCCGCAGCAGGCUGAAGGCGUUGCGCGCGGAAAUCCGAGCUAAGCUCGCCGCGAGUCAAGAGCGGCUGAACGAAGUGCUCGCGGAAUCCAUCGCAAGUCAACAGCGAAUGGAGGCUGCCCUCGUAGAGGCAGCCGCGAGCCAACAGCGGAUCAACUCCGCUCUCGAGGAGUCACAGCAACUCCAAACGGACUUGCUGGAAUCGGUCGACAACGCGUUGACCGAGGCCAGCAGCCAGAACUCAGCCGGAGCACUCACGGAGCUGGUAGCAUCCGACCGCAAGGUCGAAUGCGCACCGCGCUCUGAGCAGCUCAAGCCCGAAGUCGAGCUUGCUCAGAGCCGCCCGGAGAUCCCGUCUCCGCCUGCUCCAGCCCAGCCGACGAAGCUCGGCACCACUGUCAAGAGUGGUGCACGCGCUAGGCUCGACGGCGCCACCGUCGCCGAGCCUGAGCCCGAGUUCAACGAGCGAGAGGUCGAGCCGACCCGUAUCCGCGCCCGAGAAGGGAUAGGUACACAACUCAACGGUGUGCCCAGCGAGAACGGGACGGAACUCGCAAGUUCACGCGUCGCGCGCUCAGAAAUGAGCCGCGACAUAAAACAUAUUAUAUUCGAGUCGAGCAACGCGCUCGACGUGAGCAACGACGCGCUCGACACGGCCGGCGAUGCGCUUGACACGAGAACGCCCAACGCUCUGCCUGCUCUCGACCGCCACCACCUCGCCGACGACCUCCCUCCGGGCACCUGUCUCGACCGCCAGAACGCGCAUCGAGACGAGUGUUCUGUCCCAACGGGCAGGAACACGCGAAUCCGCGACUGGCUGGCUGAACUCCCGUCAGUUCAGUUAGCAGCGCGCGAAGACCCUGCAGGCAACGCAAGACCGCCAUCUCCUUCCUCUCCCAGGCCUCCAACUUCAUCCGCGAGACCUCUGUUCGAUCCCCUCUCCUCUCCUCUCUACCCUGGCGACUUCUAUCCGGAUCUUUGCGACCCAGGCGACACGCAACAAAGCCGCGCGGCCCAGGACUCGCACAACGCGCGUGCAAGUCCAGCGCCGAGCCACAAGGUCGCUCAGGCCACCGAGAACGCCGCGAAAGGGACGCAGAAGGAGGAAGGGGAGAAGGGGAGGAAGAGAGAGGAGGGGAAGGGCACGGGACGAGCAUGGAAAACGAGCAUGACAGCUCAAAAACCGCAGCUCGUCGUGCAUCCUGCUGGUCACCAAGACAGCACCUCCGCUUUCUGGGACGACUCAUACGUCGUACCCACCGCCUUGGACGGUACCACGGCAGACGCACAGAGCUGCGCGUCCGACGUGCCCGUUCCAUCACUACUGCCCGCGCCAGCAGGCGUAUCGACGCACGAGAAGUCCGUCGUGCACUCUGCUGGCCACGAAGACGGCUCUUCCGUCUUCCGGGACAACCUCAUGGUCGUACCCGACGUUCUGCAGGGCAACACGUCGGAUGCGCAUCGCUGCACGUCUGACGUGCCCCGUUUUUCUACGAACCGCCGCACAGUAGGUACAUCGAGCAUACUACUCGAUGUACAGGCUGUCGACGAGGACGAUGCUGCGCUCGGUGUACUAGCAAGUGUACCCGGCGUGCUCGUCGAAUUGUCAGGUGCGAGUGACGGUCCCGAGGUACACCCUGCGAAGGUGCACCCGGUACGCACGUCACCGGUUCCAGUGCCCAAGUCGAGAAGUAGCACGAUGGACAACAAGACCGUCGCGCACUUCUCUGACGUCCAAGUCGGCGCACUGGACCUGAGCAGGAGCACGACCACUGUGUCUGCUGCUCCCACUUCGCAAGACGACGCGUCUGGAGAGUCUCCAAGCUCUACCAGACCGUCUCUUCCUAUUCUUCUACCACAGCACGCUGCGGAUACGUCAAGCCUACUGCUUGAUGUAUCCGCCGCUGCUCCUUCUCUGAACGCGCGCGAUGUACGACCGUCCGUACUCGCCGCCAAUCAUCACGCCCCUACUUGGCGUAACGGCGCACCCGGAGAACGCAGUAGUUCUACUGGGUCGUCUCUUUCUCUUUCUACACCACCUCGUGCUAGGUGUACGUCGAGUCCAUCACCCGAUGUACACACAGCCGACUUACAGGACGCGUGCGAUGCACCUUCAAGCGUGCUCGCCGCGACUCCUCAAGCUUCCACUCUUCGUGCGACGAGUACGUCGGGCUCAAGGCUUGAUGUAUUACUCGCCGUCGAGACUGGUAACGCGUGCAACGCGCUGGCCAACGAGCCCAGCGGCGUCAUGACGCACGACGUGUUCGACGUGCCGACCGGGACGAUCGACAUGUCUUCUUAUUUUACUACAAGACCUGCUCAUCGUACAAUGAGCACGCCAGGCUCAAGGCUUGAUGUGCUCACUGUCGACGAGCCCAGCAACACGCGCGAGACACGCCCAAACGUGCUCGCCGCGGAUUUGAAACCCCACGUACUAGGUACGUCGAGCAACAGCUCGCUCGACGUACACUGUAUUAUUCCAAUUCCUUCUGCAAUUUCGGAGGAGGGGGAAGGGACCGUCCACGGUUUUGAGUCCGAGCAUCAAGACACAAGACACGCAGGUCAUAUGCGAAGGAUCCUGACCGACGUGCAGAGAAGCAUGUCGGUCAGCCUAUCGACACCUAGUGUACCUGUGGUGCUCGCUGCGUCCAACGAUGCGACUAGCGUGCGAUCGAGCACGCUCGGCGUGUCCACCUCCAUCGUCAAGACAGGUCUGUCGAGCACACAGAGCUCGUCAGCCAACGUACUCGACGAGACCGACCUGGACAAGUGCUCGACGAAGGACAGUACAUCCAACCUGAAGGAUGUACUGAGUUCGUCAGCAGCCUCCUUGCUCCACGUACACGACAAGGCUGAACCUUGCGACCAGGCCGUCGCCAACGUACCCAGAAGCACGUCGGCCACGCCUAGCUCGUCAAGACACAAGGCUAGCCUGGUCAAUACCCCGUCCAACAAUGCAGACAGUGUGCGAUCAAGCAUGGCUGUCGCGUCCUCCUACAUCAAGAUGCCAUCGUCGAGUACAACGAGCCUCGCACUCACUGUACACGGCGAGGCCUACACCCACGAGGACGAUGCAAUCGACGCGCUCAGAAGCACGUCCACCAGUUCAUCGACAUCGCUGCCCGCAUUGGUUUCGGCAACACGUGAGGCUCACGACGGGUCUGACAAGAUAGACCAGCGCGAGCCUGAAGGCGUGAAGACCCGGCCUCUGGGCUUGUCAUCUGGCACACGGACCCGCAAGGACUCUACGUCCCUUGCAGGCUGUGUCGAUGAUGAAGACGUGCGCGAGCACGAAGCUCCGUCGAUGGUUCUGCAACCAGACCUGUCAUCUGGUACACGGACCCGCAAGGACUUGGUGUCCACGGCAGGCCGUGUCGAUGGCAAAGACACACGUCCAUGCAGGUCCGACCUCAACGUGUCUGCAUCGAGUCGCUAUGUGUCGGGUACCCGCCGCACGUACGAGGACCCAACCUUGUGCGUGCGUGGUACGCUUACCUCCAUAUCGGAGACCAGGCCCUGCGAUGCGACCGGUGUGCAAUCAAGCACGACCAGCGCGUUGUGGGGUAGGCCCACAUGCCAGGAGCCCUGGCGCGAGCCUCAAUACAACGCACACACGGUCAAAGCAAGAAAAAGAGGAGCGCAGUAA